GCUGCGGCAGUGAACAUGGCGGCGCCCCUUGUGCCGGAAAGUGACCGGUACCGGCUGCUCCUCCGGGAUGGAACCGGCAUCCGCAGGGCUGUGUCACUGCUCAAUGCUAUGGAUCCGGGACGGUUCCCACGGCUUCUCUCCCGCCUCCUGCAGAAGCUGCACCUGAAGGCUGAAAGUAGCUUCAGUGAAGAGGAGGAAGAAAAGCUUCAAAUAGCUUUUUCAUUGGAAAAGCAGGAUCUUCAUCUAGUUAUUGAAACUAUAUCCUUCAUUUUGGAACAGGCAGUCUAUCAUAAUUUGAAGCCUGCUUCAUUGCAACAACAGCUGCAAAGCAUUCACCUGGAUGAAGACAAAACUGAAGCAUUUGCCAGCGCAUGGGCAGCUGCGGGCCAAGAUACAAUUGAAAAGUUCAGGCAGAGGGUUUUCACCCCUCAGAAGCUUGAAACAAUUGGAUGGCAGCUUAAUCUUCAAAUGGCAGACUCCAUGCAAGCAAAGCUGAAGUCUCCUCGCGCUGUGCUAGAGCUGGGAGUGAACAAUGAAGAUUCAAAGCUGCUUUUGAGGAGCAGGCACCAGGCAGUACCUAUCCUGAGUUCCCAGGGCUUCUGCUGCUCUUGUGCAUUUGAACCUGAAGAAAGUGUUUGUAGAAUUCAGUCAUCAGGAGCUGUUUGAGUUCUUUAACAAGCUGGAAACUAUACAAGCACAGCUGGAUUCCCUUACGUGAUGUUUUUGAAGACUUAUUUCUCCAUCACACUCCUGCCAUCUCAUUAUUUUGAAUUGAAGAUAGAUUGCCAAGCUGUGUUUGCUGCAGGAUUGAUUCAAUGGGUUGCUUCCUUUAAAAUUAUAUGGCUUAUCUCCUUUUUAAACCACUAACAUUAGCCAAGAGUCUUUGUUAAUAGCCUGAAGAUUCUAAUGGACUUUCACUUGUUUUCUGAGCAAUUGUGAAGAAUGGCUUUACUUGCAGAAAAAAACCCCAAUGCUACCCUGCUUCAGAUUUUUUUCUUUUUGUCCUGUUAUAUGUGUUACUUGAUUCUGGUAGAAAUUUUCAUACUAGUGAGGGAACGGGAGUAAAAUCUAUUUUUUACACAUAAAAGGAAUAUAGAUGUAGUAAGAACAUACAAAGCUAAUAAAAUCUCAGUCCUUUUGAACUCUUAUUCAAGCAAUUGAUAACGCUUUUUCCAAAUUUGUCAUAAUAAAUCCAAAAUUUAAAAAUUAAUUGGUUCAGUUUGGACUAUUUUAACUUAAUUUCAUUAUUUUUGUUCUUUCUCAUCUUUUUCCUUCUACAUAAUCUGCAGUGUCACUUAUUUCAGUGUUUACUUUUGACAUUGAGAAUAAAACCAGCUUCUCAGCACUGCAUGAAUACCAAUGAAUCUAACUGGUAUGGUGUAUAACUGGGGGGAGAAGUCUCAGAGAAUAUAACAAAGAACACUGAAAUGGUCUGACAGCCAAAUUUCUGAAAGCUCUUUGUUGAUCCUUCCUAAAGUUAUCCGCUGCUGUUUUUACAUAGAACGGGGAGAAAUAAAGUACAGUGACUUAAAGACCAAGUUAGUCAUAUUUUCACACAUUAGUUCCAGAUGAAUGGAGGCUCAUGAGCAGUAUGAGAAGGUAGAAGUCAUCUUUGUUCUUGUUUGUUGCCAGUCACUGGCAGGCAACUGCAUUGCUGCACCUUGAUAAUGGGCACAGCAUACAACUCUCUACGCUGGCCUAGCAGAAGGCGAGAGGAAAUAAAAAUCUUUGGCAUUAGCUUGUCUUUCUUCCUGCUUAAAGUAUUCCCUGAACGAGGCUUUUUUCUUCCAGAUGCCUAAAACUGGGAUGUUUAAUACCCAACCAACCAGUUUCCUUUUGAGAUUU